AGCUGCAGACAGUGCGGCUUUAAAGGAGACUCCCUCCAGAUUUUUUUUAGUCUAAUUAUAGCACAAGCCAAUGAGCAGAUCGGCUGCUGCUCCCCUCCCAGACCCUGCCUAGCGAGCGGGGUUAGGCGGCAACAGCAAGAGCGCCCGGCGCCCUCCCUGAAGGCAGCCCGGCAGGAACCGAGCUCAGCUGGCCGCAGGAUCGGACGUGCGAGGCUGCUCAGCUGGUGCCGGCGUUUGGAGGCUGCAGCGCUCGGUGCCCGAGCAGACUAAGCCCCCCCCCCAGUCUCCUGCAGCUCGCAGCUUCGCCCAGGGGCCGGUCCCGCUCCUGGGCACUGAUUAGCGGGGGGCGUGCUGCGGUCCCUGGCUUGGCUCUGCCCCCGGGGGGGAAUGUGGAAAUGGCCGGUGACAGGAGCCCUGGGGUCUUGAGCCGGCAGCGUUUCGGGUUCUUGCUGCUAGCUGCGGCGGCGGCAACUGGGCUGUGCGGCGGGGUCUCUGCAGUCAAGUCUCCCAGCUGCCACGAAGUGAGGACGGCGUUUCAGAUCCGGCAGAUCGGUCCCCUCAAGCUGGUUCCCGAUGUGCCCACUGCCGAAUCGGAUUUGCAGAUCUGCCAGCACAGAGCACUAACCUGUUGCACUAAAAAGAUGGAAGAAAGCUACCAGACAGCUGUUCGGAGAGAGAGGACUCAGAACAUCCAGGCCUUGAACUUUGAACUGAAAUAUAUGAUAGUUGGUCAUAUCACAGCUUUUCAAGAGGCCUUUGAGUCAUUGCUUCGCUUUGCAGAGAAUCAUACAACCUCCCUGUUUGAGACGGCUUACAGAGCCAUGGCAAAAGAAGCUGCAGAGCCUGUCAAAGAACUUUUUACAGACCUCUCUCUGUAUAUUUUGGGUGCUGAGACUACAGUGGAAAAUGCAGUUUUACGGUUCUUCGACAGUCUCUUUCCUUUGGUUUACAGUCGGCUAAUAAACCCUGGAAUUAUAGAUUUAUCAGAGGAAUAUACCGAGUGUCUACGACUAACAAGACAAGACAUAAAUCCCUUUGGACGUUAUUCUAAAGAAGUGGUUACAGAGCUGUCAAAAUCUCUUUGGGCAAGUAGGAUGCUAAACCAGGCCCUCAAUAUGGGCAUUGAAGUGAUAAACACAACUGAACAUGCCGCUCUUACAAAGGAAUGUAGCAGAGCACUCGUGAAGAUGCAGUACUGUCCACAUUGCCAAGGACUGACACUAAUCAGACCUUGUGUGGGAUAUUGUCUAAACGUAAUGCGAGGCUGUUUGGCCAGUGUGUCAGAGCUGGAUACUCAAUGGAGGGAGUAUAUCUCCACACUGGAAUAUUUGACUAAUGAAAUGGCUGGGUCACAUGAUCUGGAACUUGCACUUCUGGGAAUCAGGAAUUCAAUCAAUGAAGCCAUCCUGCAUGCACAAUUGAAUGGGCCACAACUCUCUGCCACAGUUGACAAAGUGUGUGGCCAGCCCCAAGAAAGAGAAGCAAAACCUUCACCAGAUAAUACAGUGCAAGCAAAGGACGUGUCUGAAACACAGGCCCUCACGAUGGCUCACUCUGCUAAUCUAAACAAUAAAAGGAGUUCUCUGCCUCUGAAAGCUUCAAAGAAUGACAAAUCCAGAAGUUUGAAAAAAAUCUCUCGAGAGUUCAUCAGCUACAUGAAACGAUCCCGAACCUUUUAUGCCUCUAUAGCAGAAAGGCUGUGUGAUGGAGACCUGGUGAUGCGGGACAGCUCGACUUGUUGGAAUGGAGAGGAUGUUGUGGAAAGUUACACCAGCAGAGUUGUUUCCAAUGGACUGAAGGCACAAAUUAAUAACCCAGAAUUGAAAGUCAAAGGAUUAGACCCUCUCAUCAGUCAUUUAAUUGACAAACUUCAUCAUUUUAACCAACUGGAUACAGAGAAGACAAAAUUGAAAUUGGAACGAUGGGCUUCAAGGGAAAGUGGCAGUGGGGGCGGGAAAAGUGAAGCAAUGGAAUCAAGCGGGGACUGUGAUGAUGAGGAUGGAUGUCAAGGAUCUGGUGACAGAAUUCACACAACAGAUGUACUCAAAGAAAAGAAGGCCUAUUCGGAAGAUAGGAAUGAACCAAAACCAACUGUGAAAAAGAUUGACACCACGGCUACCAUAACCACAACCAAGUCAUCUUCUAAACACGAUCUAGCCGGAAAUGCAGGCAAUCUAGCCUCUAGUUCCUCAUUUUUCAUUGUAACAGCACUAGCGAUUUUGUGGCACUGUCUGUCGUAGCUGCAUUGUAUUGCAACAACUGUCCAAGAAUUUGUGUCGAUUGUCAUUUAUACCUACAGCCUUACCCAAUGGAAAACAAAGUCAAAUGGCUCUCUAAUAUUAUAUGGUAUGUUAGAAUGAAUGCUUUAAAAAAGUCUGAGAUUGGCUGAUAGUAAUUGUCAGCACUUACACUGUGUCUGAAGAAGGUCCUUGAUAAUAUCUUAUCCACUCAAGAUAUAAAGGGAAUGAUGACAGGGGAUCUGAGUAGUUUAAGUUAUUGGGGUAGAAAUAAUUAACACUAAAAUUGUAAAUUACUAUAUUGGUAUUUUUCCCGUUUUACUGGGUAGUUUCACCGGUUGUUUCUGUUUGUUAAAUUCUUGCAAUAAGUUCAAAUGAACGAUCAUUCUUCUGGUGCAAGUUAAUACAAAUGGUAUUUCUCUAGUGAACAGCUAAUAACCUAUGUCUACAGUGGUGAACCAUGUCAAGUGAAAUACUCUCUACUAGUUUCAUAAAGUUCCUAAGUGGUCAAGAAGGUAAGAGCAUGUUUGACCCUUUUGUUUUCGCUCUUACUGUUUAGAUUUUAGGACACAAUAUAAAAACACAUAUGGUAUGUUUGUAGUGUGUAAGUAUAGUUGCCUUUACCAUUUAAACAAAUUUUUAGAAACACUUAAUGUUUUACCGAGGCAUAUAGACAAUGAGUUUCCCUGCCACACAAAACUUCAUUAUCAUAUGUUCAGAGCUUACUGGAUGAAUGUCUGACAAAGGGAAACAUAAGUAAACAUUAUAAUGUUUUAAUCAGCUGAAUGCAGUUAUAUAUGAAAAAAGCUAAUUUCGUUCAAACGUAUUUUAUCUGUUUCCUGUUGGAGAGGACCUUGUUUCCACCUCGGUGUCAGAGAUAUAAAGUGUUUGGAUUCCUCUUGCCCAAAAAGUGGUCUCCAUGAAUUGUAGAUCUCUAAACUACAAUAUGUUCCAUAAACCAUGUAUUAUUUAAUUGUUUACUAUUUUAAAUUGUGCUAUCACAAUAGAAGUAAAUGUAAAACAAUCUGAAAUCUAGAACAACCUUAUCAGUCAUUUCUCACUUUGAUUUUCUAUACUAGACAGUGUCAGAAAUCUUCAUUUUAUUGUGAUGAGAAUUUUUGAUUUAAGUCAAGGAAACACUGACGUGUUUGGAAACUAUGAUGGAAAGGUACUAUGAUGUAAUUAGAUGCGUUGAGAACUAAUAUGUGUAUUUUCUGACAACAGUAUUUAUAGUGCCAUUGAAAAUAUAUACAUACGGUAUGGUAUGAGUACAGUGAUUAAUGAUAAAUAUAUGAAGCAUUGGGAUUGUUAACAUAUUUUACUUAAUUUCAUAACUAUUUCCACCAUUUAAUGGCCAUUUUCAUGCUGCAGGCUGUAAUAAGAUUUAAUGUAAAGACAUAUGCCUUUAAUUUUUUUUGAGGGGUGGGGGAGUAAAACAUCUCUCUUCAGCACUUAGAUUUAUACAAGCACUGACAUUGAUUCAAGAGACAAACCAUAUAUCAUAUCAACCAAGUCCUGGGUGUGACAGUAUAGAAUAGGAGGGCAGGAUAUCAUUGUACUUGUGUGUGUUCAUGCGGUGUUAGCAAAAAUUACUAAUUAGCUCUAUAUUCGCAAAGGAGGAGAUUUGACAUGUUUGCAUUUGGUCUUUAAAAAUGUGUAAGUGCACAACUGUAUAAGCAAAAGCUUACACAUGUGGAAACUGAGAGUGGUCACCUCAAGCAGAGUCGCAUUCCAAUUCUUUUAAUGCUGGAAGAACAAUCUGGCACCACCAAGACAAAAAGGAAUAAGAUGCUUAGAGCAUUAUCAUGAAACAUUCAGUGUUGGAAUUCUGACUUUUCAACAUGUUAAUGAGUUAAUACCAUCAAGUAGUGAGUUCACAUUGUAUUAAUGAGAAUGAAUCUUGCAGACAUAGUAUGAAAGUUGCUGUCAUACAGUUUUUCAGAGUUCACUGAUACAGUAAAUGAACAGCACCAGCCUAUGCAGUCAUACAGUAAAAUUGCCAUUUAUGCACAUUUUUACAGCCCUUGAGUCCUUUCAGAAAAGUGUACGUUCACAUGGGCAGUUAUGCAAGUUCUUCCUUUUGUACCUUGAAGUGAUUUCCUAAUUCUUUACCGUUUCACAGGACCAGAUGAGAUACCUGCCUUUAGACAGCUGUAUCUAUGAUUAGGCACCUAAAUAUGAGUAAUGGGUACCCAAAUGCUGAUUUAGACACCUAGGGUGAAAUCCUCAGCUGGUGUUAAUCAGCAAAGCUCCAUUGAAGUCAUUCACAGAUGUACACUGGAAGAGGAUCUGGCUGUUAAGUCAGUAUUUUCAUAGUUGAGAACCUAAAAAUCAAUAUUUAGGUGAGUAUAUCAGCGCUUGAAUACCUCAAAUGUAUAUUUAGGUGCCAAAAUAUGGAUCUGGGUCUCUGUGUUUUGAAAUUAUCUCUCCAGAUGUGCAACUUCUAGCUUGUGAGAGAGUUUGAACAUCCACAGCAUAUCCGAGUCUGCUUUUUGAGAAUCGUGCUGUAAGAGUCAUUGUGCUGGUGGAUCAGACUACAGCGAUCCAUCUAUCCUAGUAUCAUAUACCCAAGAGUGGCCAGUACCAGUACAUCAGAGGAAGGUGCAAGAAACCCUGCAGUAGGCAGUUAUGAAAUACCCUGCCCAAAGAGAAAUUUUCUUCCUAAUCCCCAUUAGCUGGAGGUUGGUGUAGACCCUGAAACAUAGUCUUGCUAAACUGAAAGAUUAAAUAUUUUAAUCUUUAUUUUGAUUUAUAAAUUUCCAUGUGUCUAGUGUAUUACACAAGACAGUAGUUAAUCCAGCCCCUUUCAAACUAACCAGACUAAAAUAACACUGCACAAACUGUAGGGAGAAAAAUUCAUCAACUCACUUCACUGGAUUCAACCCAUAUUUUAAUAAAUACAGAUGGUACAGGGAAGGAAAGGGAGAAAAAUUUACUAUGGAGAGCUCUCAUCAAUACUUUUCACAUCAACAUAACUAGAACAUCUCCUACUGAAUUUAACACUUUAAAGAGAGUAAGGGUCAAACUAGCAUGUAACACGUUCAUAGUGUACGUCAGAAAUGUGCUGCAGCUUUAAAGACGUAAUAGGAUAUUAUAUCUAACACAUUACAAAGCAUUUUUCUUCACAGGUGAGUUGGAGCUGAAUAGAGGAAUAUUCUUCAUUAGGUAUCAAAUUCACAUCCAAAUAAGGCAAAAACAGCUAACCAUAUCCAACAAAGGGAGUACAGUAUAUCUUUUCAGAUUAAAAAUGAGAUGUGAACAUAGUUUUGCCAAGCAAUUAUAAAUUUUAUUUAGCCAGUGCUCUUUUAUGUUUGUUGUUUUGAUAUAAUCUAUUUUUGCAAUAUCCAACAUUGAUGAAUGCAAAGACUGGCACAUUGAGAACUUGCUCAUUUGUGGGUUAAAAUGAGUCUGCUGAGGGUUUUGUUUGUUUUGUUGGAGUUUUUUUCCAUAGUGAUGUGUAAUUCUUAACAGAGAGAGUGAAAUUGUCUGAUGUGCUGUCGCCACUUUGCACUGCACCACUAAUCUAUCCUGGGCCAGAAUAUAAAGGUUAUGCUCCUGUUAGGGAGGAUCAUCCCUGCAUAAGGGAGAUGCUCCUGACAGCAUUGAGCCAGCAGAGAGAAAAGUGGGUGUGGUUGUUGGAGGAAAUGGUGUGUGGCUGAGAUGCCUUGCUGAUCCCCAGCUGUGUUUUCAACCUCCCUGGGGCUACUGAAGCCUUGCUGAAGUGCGAGCAGCCUGAAGGUACAGGGAGAGUGGCCCUGCGAACAGUUGCAGCAGGAUUUGCAGAUUGCAAAGGUACUAUUAAGGCAGCUUUAUGCUCAUAUGCCCUUACUUGCACUCUGUACAAUUUACCACACCUCAGCAUCUGGCCCAUAAUUUCUAGCCUACGUAUUGCAACAGUAAGACGUAUUUUCAAGUGCACAUGCUAUUGUGUCAUUGCAUAGAGAAAUUUAGGACUCUGGCUCAGUAAUGAAUCUUUAGAGGUACAAAUAAUAUCUGUCUGAGCUCUAUAAGGGCUGCACAGCAAUUACUAUCUACUGCCACAUUUAUUUCAGAAGAUCUGUGUAUGGGGAUCGGGUAAGAUUUCCAUCUCUCUCCAUGUGCUCCAUCUGGUCUGUCAUUAACCCAAGUCCAUUUUCCCCAUGCGUAUAGAGCCUUAUUUUAACUGUUAACAAGCAUUAUAACCCUGGUUCAGCAAGCCAUCCUUUUUUAGCACAGCACAUGCUUAAAUUUAAGUAGGUCCCAUUCAUAUCAAUGGAAUUUAAGCAUGUGUUUAAGUGUGGUAACUGAAUAGGAAUGGACAGCAAUAAGCAAAGCUCCGAGUUUGGCUGAAAUUGGCUGAAUUGCACAUAACUAAUAUGUGGGUGAAAUUUCACCCAUCAGAGAACCCCCGUAAGGCCUAUGCACUGUUCAAAUAGCACCCAAGCUGUUCAUAAGCCUUUGCUCAUCCUCUCUGCACAGAGACAGAUUUCACUCUGAAUAGGAAAUACCAUCUGCAGUAUAAUAUAUUUGCCAUCAUCUCUCACAAUAUCAUUGUUGAAUUUUCAAAUAACCUAGGAAUAGUAUAUGCUCAAGUCAUAUAGUGUCUACUGCAACACUGUGCUGUUAGGGUUACUGCUUUUAGUGGCACAUGGCAUGUCUGUCAAUGAGCCGUGAAAGGUGGAUCAAAAUUUGGCUUUUUUAGCUGUGACAUGCUCCCAUCAAAAAGAGAAACAAAAAAAACCCCACACCUGCCACAGUGAUAAUGUUAGAUUAGCUAUUCCAUCUCCUCAAAAGUCCAGAAUUCUUCCCAAUCAUGCAUUCUCCAGCAUUUUGUCCUGUCAAUUUCUAAUGAUUAAAUUUUAAUUUGCAUUAAAUAUUAAGACACUAAAAAAGUAAAAAAAAUAUUGCCCAAGAUAGAAAGUGAGUACACUUAAAAUUAAUUCUGGUUGUAGAGAUUAUAGAUUUCAGAAUGGUUUCCUGGACUUCAAAUGGGGAACACUGCUAUACUCACUAAUAUCUCCAGAACUGGACCAACUUUUUUAAAUGCACCGAGAGUAUAUCACCACAUAAUGUGUAUGUGAGAGUCUAAUUCACUGGACUCAGAAAGAAGUGUAGAAAUAAUGGGUGCAUUAGAUUUCUUACUUACGAAAGCUAAUAUUUCUUACUUCUGAUCAAAGUGUGCCCCCUUUUUUGGAUUUUAGGGCAGGUAUUCACAUCCAUCUUGUUCAAAUGUCUUUUGACAGACAGACUUACCGCAAUGCUGCUACAGUUCUGAGAGGAGACUCCAGGACACAGCUGAUCAGCCACAUUUUCAUGCUGCACCUUUGUGACUGAGAUUAUAUCAAAUCCUUACAAUGGCACAGUAUUGAACAUUUUGGGCUUUAUUAACAUAUUAGAAUGGCUGUUACUCUACAAUAGUGUGAUUUUCAUUUAUAUAUGGAUAUACACUAACUGAAAUCUAUUGGUGCUUUUUAUGCAAUACAGAAAGUACUUCAUUAGAUAGCAGGUAUCAACUGCUAAUGUUCUCAUAUCUGUGCAAAAUGCAUUAGUACUGCCUUGCACAAGUUCUACAGUUUGCACUUUAUCAUUAUAGUUAAUCUUUAGUAAAUUGGCCAAUACUUUGUAAUUAUAAUAUUAGCAUCUAAUUUAACAGCAUCUUUAAAAAAGCAUUUGUUGCAUAAUAUAAGCAAUUAACAUUUAUUCACUUUGUCUGUAACAGGGGGAUAUAUAAUUUAUCCAUGAUGGCCUUUCUGUGCACCUAAUUAGUACCUGGUUGAAUUAUUCUACAAGCUAUGGACAUUUAAUUUGACCAGUAAUGUACUGCUAGUUUUAUAAAUUCCUUGCAAAUAUACACUUGUAUAAUUACUUUUCAGCUAAGUAGAAAACAAUGUUUUCAUAUAUCUUCUGGGUUUACAAGGCAGGCUUUUAGGCUGCAAUAGCAAGAAUAGGUACUGACAUUUUUCAUGCACUUUAAAAAUGGAAUUAGUCAGAUACCUCUUUUCCAUAAUUCAUUAUAGUAUAUCAGAUUUAUAGCCUGCUUUAUUCUGUAAUGAAAAAGAAAGCAGUGAGACAUCAAGAACAUACCUCCUAAUGAAAUUCCGUAUCUGCAUAUUCGUAUGUUAGGAAUUUCUGCUGAUCAGAGACUAUAUCAAAAGUGUUGCAAUACUGGAGUGUCAAGGAUAUGAUGUUAAAUUUGUAGAAAUUGGAUCAGACUGAUUAAGUGACAUAAGUAAGUUUUUAGUUAGCUACAUGUUCUAUUUAAAUGUGCAGUAAAUUGAGCAAGAUCACUUGGUCUUUCAAGAAAGGAGAUCUGAGACAAACUUUCCAGCAAGAAUGCCAACAUCAGACAUUUGAUUUACUUAUUUCAUAAAUGUUGUGGUAGCAGAGGUUCUGAGGCUUUUCCAUGUGGUUGUGAGGACGACUGUUAGGAAGGGGCCAGAUCCCCUCCACUGGCUUCAGUGGAGCUAUGCCAGUUUACACUGGCAAAGGAUCUGGCUCAAGAACAUAAAAUCCUUCCCAAAGAGCAGAAUCUUAUUUCAGGCACAAUUCUGAUAUUAUAUUAUGAAAAUUCAGAGUAACUCCAUUGACUACAAAUCUCGCUGUUCUCGGGUUUUAUACUGCCACCCAUCGCUAGAGUAUCUCUGCACCUUCCCCAUAAAAUCAAUAGCAAUAGCCCCAUGGGGAUACUUAGAAAAAUUAAUCUGAAUUAUCUAACAGUGUGAAUUUAAAAUGAAUUAAUCUUCUUGCAUUAAAUUCCUGUUUAGAACCUAAACCAAAUUAAGGCCACUUUAUUUCUGAACGAGAGUACCCACACAGGGGUUUAAUUUAGUUUAACUAAUCCACUUUAAAUUCACACCUUUAGUUAAUUCAGAUUAACUUUCCAGAGUCCUCUUGUAGACAAGUCCAUAGAAUCUCUGAUACUUCUCCCUUUGGGGGUUAAAACUCAGCUUGGGAUAGGAGAAGUAGAGUAUUCAUAUUGUGAGCAUCACUCAUGGUGGAAAAGUUCUCUCAAAGAAGAUUUUGCAGCAUUUCCUAAAGACAGUCAGACUGGAUUUGCUUGAUCUCCUCUGGAAGAUUGUUCCAUAGCCAGAUCUACUCAACAAAGAAUGUUUUGUCCCCAGCGUUCAUAUACUUCAUUCUGAACUUUGUGACCUGCAUUGUCCCAUAGGAGCACGGUGGUCACAGAUCAAAAUCUGGUCUUUGAUGUAGCUGGGGCUUGCUCUAUUAUUGCUUUGAAAAGUCGGACCAAGGUCUCAUGCUCAGAGCAGUCUAAAUCAUGGAGAUGGUGGGUAUCCGCAUUCCGUACCAGUUGGAGCUUGCGUAUCUUCACAUUCAACUUCAGAUACAAGGAGUUACAGUUAUCCAACCUGGUUAUAGUAAUCCAGCCCUGAGGUAACAAAUGCAUGGAUCGCUGUGGCCAGCUCCUCAUCUAGGAGGAAAAGACACAUUUUCCUAGCAAGCUGGAGGUGAAAAAAAGGCUUUUUGGAAAGUGAUACUACCUGGUCCUACAAGUUUAGUGAGGAGUGAAACAAGACCCAGGGCGUGGACUACUUCGACCUGGAUUCCACUGGCUACAAUGAUUUACACUGAAAUCAGAAUCUGGCCUGAGAGAAGAUUGUGCAUUUUGGGAAGGGUUUCAUUUUAAUACGAAAUUGAGUAGAAUUCUGCCCACUUGACCGGAAAGGGAGUGACCAUACAUGGGCUAUUUUCUAUUUUUGAAAAGAGCAAUGAGACAGCUCAUGCCCUAUGGAUGAUGAAACAUAUAUGGGCAAAACACUUAGGCAAGUUUCAUAAACAGUACCCAAGAGAAGCAGUAAUAAGACUUUUCUUGUUCUCUAAUUGGAAAAUUAAAAACAUUCAUUUGAUUGGAGCUUUUCUAAUUCCAUGUUAGCAAUGAAGAAUGGAUGGAACGUGUUCCACUACUUUCCAAAUGUUUACUGGAAAAGGCUGAUAUAGCAGCAAUACUAUAUAAAACAUUUAUUGUACCUCUUUUAUUAUAUGGGACAAUACUAGAAUAAAAAAUAGAAACCAGUAUACUAAACCUGCAAUAUACAACCAUUUAUUGUAUUUACUGUACUUUAAUGUAUCAAAACUAAUAUAGUAUGAAUGUUUACAAUACAUCAGGAGUAGAAGUUACAAUAAAAAAUCCUGCUUUGUUAUUUAGGCCUUUAAAAAAUUAACUUAUGGUCUCUUGGUCUUCUUUAAUUCACCUUCCUUUAUGGAUACUAAUAGCACAUUUAUGUUUUUAUUUUACAUUAAUUGUAUUGUGUGUAUUUUAAACUCCAAAGUACAUUGUUUUGGCCCUAAGCUAUAUUCAAUCCCUAGUAACUAUUCACAUCAGCCGAGCACUUGUUUUAUUUUCAAAAUUUUUACUUAUAUUUGAUUGAAUUAACUCAUCAACUUUCUUCAGUUUGUUUUCAGUACUGAACCUGAAAAAGAGUUUUUAAAAAGCAGUCCAGAAUCAUUGGCUUAAUAAUAAUUAGCAAGGAUUCUUUGAGAAAUUGUAAUAAAUUAUGUGAUUUGUAAAGGACGGUGAUCUGUGAAUGGUAAUAAAAAUACAUAAUCCACAACAGGA